AUGAUUGCAAGUGCAGAACGUGGUCAAUUGACAACCAUCAUCGGAUGUUGUGAUGCAGCUGGUAGCUUUCUUCCACCUUUCCUAAUUUUUGCAAGAAGGAAGAUGCAAGCAAGACUUCUUGAUGGAAGCCCGCCAGGGACUCAAGCAACGUGUACACCUAACGGUUGGACAUCAGGCGAAGUCUUCUUGAACUGGAUGCAUUUCUUCGUAGAGCAAGUGAGGCCAACAUCAGACAAAAAGGUCCUAUUACUAUUAGACAACCAUAAAAGCCACAAAUACUACCCUGCACUUGAGUAUGCCACCAAGAAUAGUGUGUUCAUAUUAUUCUUAGCACCGCAUACUACUCACAAAAUGCAAAUUAUGGAUGUUACUGAAAACUCGUUUUGA